AUGAGUACUACCUUCACAUGUAUAUGUGAAGCUAACACGGACUGCGCCCAUUCGGUAGGGGAGACGGCUCGUACAUACCUCCCUUUGUAUGUCGCGACAUACAAAGGGAGGAUGGAAAAUCUAACAGUUGUAUCAGAAUUCACACUGCAAGGACUCUCUUUCCUUCCAGAGCUUCAGCACCAACUCUUCUCUGUAUUUUUCCUUAUGUAUCUGAUGACCCUGAUUGGGAAUGUGCUGAUCCUGGUCCUCAUCAUUACUGAUAACCAUCUUCACACUCCAAUGUACUUUUUUCUUGGACAUUUGGCCUGUGUGGACAUCUGCUAUUCUCAAGUCACAGGUCCACGAAUGCUCUUGGACUUCUACUCUAAGAAGAAAAUUAUAUCCUACCGAUCUUGCUUGACUCAAGCGAUCUUCUUCAUGGUAUUUGGUAGUUAUGAGUGUUUUCUUCUGGCUGUGAUGUCAUAUGACAGAUAUGUUGCAGUUUGUCAGGCUUUGCAAUAUAUACAAAUUAUGAGUUGGAAAACAUGUACCCAGCUCAUUAUUGUGGUAUGGUUUUUAGGAUCAAGCUACUCUUUAGUGCACAUGCUUUUCAUGCUGAGAUUGAUUUUUUGUGGCCAAAGUACCAUCUACAAUUUCUUUUGUGAUGUUCCACAAUUGUUGGCUCUUUCAUGUACAGAUACAUUCCCCAACAUGCUCCUACUAUUUGUGUUGGGAGGUUUCUUAGCACUAAUUGCUUUCCUUUGUACGUUCUUGCCAUAUGUUUAUAUUUUCCACACAGUCCAGAGGAUGGAGACAAAAAACACAAAACUCAAAGUUUUCUCAACCUGCACAUCCCACCUCACAGUGGUUUGUAUUUUUUAUGGAACUCUGUGCUUUGCGUACUUUCACUUAAACUCAUGA